UAACUGUCAUUGUAAGUGUCAACCAGUCUUAUAUGUCAUCUGUCAUCUGACAAAAUAUUUGACAAAUAAAAAUUUGUAGGUUUUUGUUUACUGUUAAAGAAGUAUAUCACUGUUUUAAAAAAAUGUCUGGAGAAGAUUGUGAAUCCCUUGAACGUGGUGACAGUGAUGGACAGAAACCAGAUAAAAUGUUUACUCUCAAAAAGUGGAAUGCAGUUGCUAUGUGGAGCUGGGAUGUAGAAUGUGAUACUUGUGCUAUUUGCCGCGUACAAGUCAUGGACGCCUGUCUGAGAUGUCAGGGUGAGAGCAAAAAGGACUCCUACGGCAAGCAAGACUGCGUGGUUGUGUGGGGAGAGUGUAACCACAGCUUUCAUUUCUGCUGUAUGUCGCUCUGGGUGAAGCAGAAUAACCGUUGCCCACUGUGUCAGCAAGAGUGGUCAAUCCAGCGGAUGGGCAAGUAAAAUUCGGAAGCAGAAGUAAUCUCCUAUAUAAAUAAACAAGCUUAUUAAGAAAA